UUUGACAUGUUUGAAAUCGCGAAUUCUAUAUUCGCAUCGUAAAAAUGUUGUAAUUUUGUGAAUUUGUAGGAAAUAAAUAAUUGAACAAUAUGAAUCGACUAGUCUGGAUGGGCAGAUCCCAUGUUAAUGCAUUUAGAAACAGCGCAUUUAAAAGUUCACCUGUAUUAUUAGGUCCUCCAAAGGUUUCGCCGUAUACUUGCAUUUUCAGAGGAUUACAUGAGCAGAAGAAGAAUGCUCAGUCGACCCUUAAUUAUAUGAUUGCUCUUGGAGUAAUGACCGUAGGUUUAAGUUAUGCGGCUGUGCCCUUAUAUAGAAUAUUUUGUCAGGCAUACAGUUACGGAGGCACCACAGGUCUAGCGGAGCCUAACGACACAGUAAGCACAAUGUCCGCUGUAAAAAACCGGCCCAUCAAAAUCCGGUUCAAUGCGGAUGUAGCUUCCUCCAUGCAGUGGAACUUCAGACCUCAGCAACUGGAUAUUACAGUGAUCCCAGGCGAGACGGCGCUAGCAUUCUACACGGCACGUAACCCUACGGACAAGCCAGUGACGGGCAUCAGCACAUACAACGUGAUACCAUUUGAAGCUGGACAGUACUUUAACAAGAUCCAGUGCUUCUGCUUCGAGGAACAGCAGCUCAAUCCACAUGAACAGGUGGACAUGCCAGUAUUUUUCUACAUCGAUCCAGAAUUUACUGAGGACCCAAAAAUGGAGUAUGUGGACGAAAUUGUGCUUUCCUACACAUUCUUUGAAGCCAAAGAGGGAAUGAAAUUACCCGUGCCUUCCUAUGUGAGGAACUGAACAGCAACAAAAUGUAGAAAUGAAAUUCUGAACGUUUUACUUUAGUGAAUUGUGAUUUGUUAAGUUUUAAUAUUAUGAAAUACAGUGGCUGUUGUUAUAAAGAAAUAUUUAUUUCA